AUGCCAAAAAAGGGAAUCAUCGAGCGGCUGAACGCAGGCGAGGUGGUGAUUGGUGAUGGAGGCUUUGUGUUUGCCCUGGAGAAGAGGGGCUACGUGAAGGCAGGACCAUGGACCCCCGAGGCCACUGUCACACACCCAGAAGCCGUGAGGCAGCUUCACAGAGAGUUCUUGCGAGCUGGUUCCAAUGUUAUGCAAACUUUCACAUUCUACGCCAGUGACGACAAACUGGAAAACAGGGGUCAAAAUCUCAGAAUCUCAGGAGCUCAGAUCAACGAGGCUGCGUGUGAUCUGGCUCGUGAAGUGGCCAAUGAGGGCGAUGCGCUGGUGGCCGGAGGAGUGUGCCAGACCCCGUCCUACCUGAGCUGCAAGAGCGAGACUGAAGUGAAAGGCAUCUUCAAGAAACAGCUGGACGUUUUCAUCAAGAAGAACGUGGACUUCAUGAUUGCAGAGUACUUUGAGCACGUGGAGGAGGCGGAGUGGGCGGUGCAAGUGCUGAAGACCAGUGGGAAACCUGUGGCUGCCUCUCUGUGCAUCGGACCAGAAGGCGACAUGCACGGGGUCUCACCUGGAGAGUGUGCUGUCAAACUGGUCAAGGCUGGUGCUCAGAUUGUCGGAGUGAACUGCCACUUUGACCCAAUGACCUGUGUGGAAGCAGUGAAGCUGAUGAAGGCAGCGGUGGAGAAGGCCGGACUGAAGGCACACUACAUGGUGCAGCCUCUGGCCUUCCACACUCCAGACUGCAGCUGUCAGGGCUUCAUCGACCUGCCUGAGUUCCCUUUUGCUCUGGAGCCCAGAAUCCUGACCCGUUGGGACAUGCACAAAUACGCCAGAGAGGCCUACAAGGCUGGCAUCCGAUUCAUCGGAGGCUGCUGUGGCUUCGAGCCCUACCACAUCAGGGCACUGGCCGAGGAGCUGGCUCCGGAGAGGGGCUUCCUGUGUCAGGGAUCAGAAAAACAUGGACUCUGGGGAUCUGGUCUGGAGAUGCACACCAAACCAUGGGUCCGAGCAAGGGCUCGUCGGGAUUACUGGGAGAACAUCCGCCCUGCCUCCGGUCGGCCCAAAUGUCCAUCCAUGUCCACUCCCGAGGGCUGGGGCGUCACCAAGGGCCACACUGAGCUCCUGCAGCACAAAGAGGCCACCACAGCGCAGGAGAUGCAGCAGGUCCUGGAGAGGCAGAAGAAGGCCAAGUCUACUGCCUAA